CGCUAAUUUAGAUGGACGACGUAGAGAUGUACCUUGCUCUUGAGAGUUAUGCUAUUUUAGUGUUUUCCUGAUUCCAGUAAUAUUACUUAACCAGUGUUUACUUAAAAAUUACUACCCACUAAACAAGUGUAGUGUUAAGCAACACAUGAGUAGUAAGCAGACCUUCACCUCUCAAUCAUUGUGCGCUAGGCUGUCGUGCCCCGGGCCCAAAGUAUGUCACCAAAGAUGUAAGAAGGUGACAAAUAUGACGUAUAUAAAGUGCAACAAGUCAUACGUUGUUACAGUUCAAUAUUGAUAUCUGUAUCAGUAACUACACUUCAAAAUGGUGUCCAAGGUUAUCGUUAUCCUCUCCCUCGCCGUGGCGGCUUACGCCGUGCCCCUUGUCCCCGUUAGCAAGGUGGUGUACGCUGAGCCUGAGGCGCCCGCUCACUACGACUUCUCCUACUCCGUGCAUGAUGACCACAGCGGUGACGUGAAGCAGCAGCAGGAGUCCCGUCAAGGCGACGCCGUGCACGGCUCGUACUCUCUUGUACAGCCCGACGGUGUGCACCGCAUCGUCGAGUACACCGCCGACAAGGAGCACGGAUUCAACGCCAACGUGCGCUACGAGGGCACCCCCGUCCACGCCGAACCCGCCAGGCUCGCCUACGCCGCCCCCGUAGCCAAGGUCGCCUACGCUGCUCCCGUAGCCAAAAUCGCAUACGCCGCCCCUGUUGCCAAGGUUGCCUACGCUGCCCCCAUCGCGAAGGUUGCCUACGCCGCCCCCGUUGCUCAUGUCACUUACUCAUCUCCAGCUAUCUCUUAUCACCACUAGAUGUAUUGUUAUUUAAUUGAACGAACUGUUUUAUUUAUUUAAAUGAUUAAGUGCCAUUAAAUUAUUGAAUUGAUAUACAUUGUCGUUAUUGUUCACUAGUUGACUUGACUCGU